CUGAACUUCCGGUUCAAAGAUUGAAAAAAAAUUAGAUUUCUGAGUUGCUGUAUUCAAGUAUGUUAGUUAACAGUCAGGUGUGUCUAGAGCUGUAACCAUAAAGUAUCAUACAUCAUGGCAAGUGAUGGUUCAGAUGAUCCUCAGGCCAUGUCACCUGCAGCCUCACCACCUGUAACCCAACCUAGAGAAAAUUUGAUUGGUACAGCUAUCAAGUUUCUACAGAAUCCCCAAGUUCGGUCCAGCAACUUUGCCCAGAGAAAAGCUUUUCUUGAGAAAAAAGGGCUUACAAGUGAAGAAAUUGAUAUUGCAAUAGAGAGGUCAGGUACAUCUGGUGAUCAAAACAACCCACUUCCAGUGCAAAAUACCUCUUCCCCUGUGGCCCAACCCCCAGGCCAGUACCAACAGGGACCCUACCCACAAGGACAAUUACAACCGUUACAGCCUCUACCUGGUCCAGUGUCAUGGUGGACAAGAAUUAAAGACUUCGCAUUUGUUGUCAGUGCUGUAUAUGCUGUUUACGCAUUAGUGAAGAAAUAUGUUAUUCCUUAUCUGAUGGGAAAGAGUGCAGAAGAGAAACAGUUAGAAACUCUCCAAAGUUCAGUCAAUCAGCUUCAAAAUUCUAUGAAGACAACAUUGGACAAACUCAAUGAAACAUUAGAUACGGUGAAUGAGACAGUUGGGCAACAGGCAAGUCAGAUUAGACAGAUUAGUCUCAACACUGGCAAUACAGCAUUCCAGAGUAGCAGUGCAAUGAAGACUACAGAGGCGAGCUAUGUGAAUGAGAUCAAGACUGAAAUCACUUCAUUGAAGGGCCUUCUGUUGAACAGACGUCAGUUCCCACCUACUCCAGCUUCUACCCCAGUUAUUCCUGCCUGGCAGAGACCACCACCACCUGCCUUAGAGGACACAUCACAGGAGCAAGACAACACACAAGGAUCACCUGACACUUCAAUAGCAGACAACACAGGGGAGGUCACAUCCAGAGACUCCAGAAAUGAUCUUCAGGGUCAAGAUGAUAAAAUUGUGGAAUUCAGUGAACAAGCAGACAGUGACUUAGAAACAAAUUCACAAAAGCUUGAAUCUAAGACUAAUGACCUUGAUAGAAAAGAGGAGAACAUCCUUCUUGGAAAGGAGCAUGAGACUGUUGUGAUUGAUAGCAAUAUUGAAGUGAAGAAUAAUGACACACUCCAAGUAAAUGGAGAUGGCGACACACCACAUGUGAAUGGAAUUGAUGCAUCCCAAACGAAAGGUAUGAUUGCUGGAUUAGAAGAUACUGAGGUCAUGAAGCAGCAAGAUAAUCCCAUAGUUAGUUCACCAUCAUAGAAAUUAUUACAAAUCUACAACAGUAUUGCUUGCUCAAGACAUGUUAAUCUAAGUACAUGUUAAUCAAUAUACACAAAUAAAUCAUAAAAACAACCAUACCCUUUUCAAUAUGAUUUUUCUUUAACAAAGAGCUUCAUGUCUACUCUUGGAAUAAGAGAUAAUCCUUUGAUCUAGCUUAUCAUAACCAAUCAUAACAGAACGAUCAAGAUGUAUGUUUAUUGUCUCAUCCCGAUUCCUAUCCCACCAAAUUAAAACUUGACAAAAAAGUCUAAAAUGGUGCAAGUUAAAUAAUAUCAUGCCAAAAUUAUGAGACAUUUAAAAUAACCAAACAUACAAAAUGUAAGAUAUUUAUUAUUGUUUUCUGAUUUACAAUAUAUACAUUUGUACAAUGCUUUAUAUACAAAAAUGUAAUAUGUACAUAUAAAGUAAAUAAAUAUAUUGUUGAUUUUUAGAAUUUAUUAUAAAUUAAUUUAGAUCUUUCUUAUUGUUUUGGUUCCUCUAAGUUGUUGACUGUAACUUCACUGUAAAAACAUUUGAUCAAGAAUUGUACUUUUAACGUUCUUCUGUCAAUCUACAGAUGCAC